AUCCAAAAUCAUUCAACAAUCUUAUUUUUUUCUAACUUUUAUUUAUUUGUUUUGGACCUUUUGGUUCCCUCCUCUGAUCUCAUCAUACUAUCCCACAAAUAAACAAAGAGCAAGGAAUGGAACUAUUUGUUUUGGAAAAUAGAAGUGGGAACACCCUUCAUCAUAAAGUCAAUCCACCAGCUGUUCGCUUCUUCCUCCUUGGAUCUGAAUCUUUCUAAGCUCACAUGCAGCUCAACAGAGAGGAUUGAGUUGAUCAAUGUUGAAAGAACAACCCAAGAGCUCAGGCCAACAAAGAGAAACUCUCUGUCUCCCUCUCUCAAAGUAGCUGCAAGGAUCUAUUUGGAUGAGAAAUUGGGAGCCGAACAAGUAUUAUAUUUCUCUGUUACAGACAAUCUUUGACGAAUUCCUUUAGAAAAUCCAAGACCAUAAUAUGCCUCAAGACAGUCGAAGAUCAGUUGGCUACAGAUCAUUUGUCACAUGUGAUGAUCCGAAAGGUGUUGUUGAAUGUGGGACAAUCAGAAAAUCCAAGAAUGAUUCAAAAAAAUUGAAGCAUAAGAUUGAAAGUCGAGGAACGCCCAAGAAAUCGAUUACAUCUUUGAUUUGCAAGGAAGAGAGAAGGGAGAUGGAAUCUAAAGGGAUCACAGAAGGAUUAAAUAAUCCAUCUACGUUUCAACUCUUGGAGGUGUCUAGAGGAGCUCGGAAGCUGAACAAAAUGAUUGAUUCAUGGUCUCAGGGGCCAAGCAUUGAUGAGCAGUCCAACGAUAUUGCUAAAGAUUUGUUGAAAGGAGCUCUUGACUUGCAGGAGUCUCUAAUCAUGCUCGGCAAGUUACAGGAGGCGUCACGGUAUAUGGCUCAGUUGAAGAAAAAGCAGAAGGAGAAGUCAGAAAGAGGAAGAAAUGAAGAAUUGGGGUCUGAAAGAAUGAACUCCAAUCGAUUUGGAGACUGCAAUUACCAUAUGGGAUUUCAAAAGCCAAGGCUUUCUGUUGAUGGGUCUUCAAGGAAUUCUACUGAGGAACUUAAGAGAGUGAUUAGAGACAGCUUCGCCAGGCAGAAUCUCACGCAGAGCAUAGCUGCUCAAGAAAAGUCUUGUUUUAACCGAAGAAAAUUAGACUCAGCUUUGGAAUUCCCAUCAGCAAGCUCGAGCCAAUCUUCAUUGGUUCACUCUGAUGACACUCCUUUUGCUGACUCGCUUUCACCAGUGGAUUCCUCGAAGAAGACAAAAGGGCCGAAUUUGAUUGCCAAGCUUAUGGGUCUAGAAGAAUUCCCCUCAAAACAAUUCCAGACCAUUUCCCAAAAGCAUUCGGAGGGUGGGAAGACACCAAAUCAGAAGAGACCUCUCUUUGAUAUCGAUAUGCCAAAGGUGAGGAAGUCUCAGUCUGCUGUCCAGAAGGUGGAUUUGGAGCGGAGGACGCUGAAGGAAAUACUUGAGACCAUGCAAUUUAAAGGACUUCUGAAAUGCAAUUCUGCUAAAGGCCUUGAGCCUAAGGCCCUGCAUUCCAGGACUUCCCAUUCCAAAGAAAGGUUGAUUGAUGAUAUGCCACCUAUUGUACUUAUAAAACCUCUUCCUUUUCCAUGUCUAGAAUCAAAGCAGCUCCUUGCACCAAAUUGCAUUCGGGAAGCAGCUUUAGACACUAAGAAGAUUCUCAGAAAACUGAAGCAAAAGGAAGAGGUUCCACUGAAGACAAUUCACUGUGAAGAAGGGAUUUUGAAUUCCACUGAGAUGUCUAGGAAACUGGAAGCUGAAAAGAAGCCGGUCAAAAGGAUAAGAGAGGAAGGUGAUAGGUACUGUAAAGAGUUAGUUCGGAAAUCAGAAGAAAAAGAAGCCAAGACUAAGGAGAAAGCUUCAAACAAGAUGAAAGCUGGUGUUUCUGUGAAUCAACAAGCGCAGAAAAAGGAGAUGAUUGACAAGAAAGCUGACAACAUCCAAAAGGCGACACCCACAAACAGGAGGAGGAAAACUACAGAGGAGAGCGUGAAAUCCAACAAUGUGUCAAAAUCUCAAGAUCAAGCAGAGGUAACUUCUAAAAUGCUCAGAAAGCCUGAAAUUGGAACAAACAUCUCAAAGAAUCAGACUUCCCGACGACAUAGUAAAGCCACAAAUGCCAUCACAAAAGACACAUCACAAUCCAUAUUGCAUGACUCAGCCAGUCAAAAGAUUCAGACAAAGAAGGAAAAGCCAGUCAGGGAGAGACGGGCAGCUAAUUUAGUUGAGGAGGAUUUAGGAUGCCAAGCUGAUGGCAAGAGGAUUGAUCUGACAUGUGAAAACAACUCUGUUGUGGAAAGAAUCGACACUACGCUUGCAGAUGAAUUCCCUUUGAAGGAGGAAACAGACACCUCUGGACUUCAAAUUGAAGAAUACCGCAGCAACGAUCCAUGUUCACUGCAGGAAGUUACAAUGCUGAGCCCCCAACAUGAAAAGAGUGUCAAACCUGCCGAAGAAGUUUCUGAUCAUAUUGUUCCCAGUAGAAUGAAGAGGAAAAGCUCUAAAGCCAUUACCAAUCUGAAAGCUUUGCUCUCAAGCAAUUCAUCAUUCCUCAGUCGUGCUGAUGAGAUAUUUGAUCUCAAUGUGACUCAACCAACUCCUUUGCAAACAACAGACAUCAAUGAUUUUGGAGUAGCUAAUCCGCGACUCUCUUUAGACUGUGCACAUGAACUCAUGGAACUCAAAAGCCUUCAAGAUUCUCAAACAGCACAUCCUCUGUCGCAAACCAGCUUGGGGAAUUCAAUAGCCUGCAUCUCUCUGGACCAGUUGGUGGAUGAAGUCUGUGAUGGGGUUGAGCAUCUCAGAAGCUAUAGUAAGCUUGCUGGUGAGAAUCUUCCUACAGAUAGCAUCUACGCAAUGCUGCAUUGUGAUCUAAAGUUCAAGGGACCGAUAACUGGAAUAUGGAAUUUGGGGUGGAGGAAUGGCUUUUCUACAGAUGAAGUUGAGCAAGUUGUGGUUGAUAUACAGAAGUUAGUUUUAAACAGGUUGAUCGAGGAUAUACUUAUAGAUUUUGCGCUUUAGAAGUUUCCUUCAUGCUCAUUCAGACAUGAAGGUUCUACUAGAUGUCAGUACUACUGUUGUCUGUAAAAAACGAUUACUUCGAUUAAUACAAGAAGGGAGGAUUGAAAUUGCUGGCUUGGGCCACAGUGCUGUUCUUGCCGUAUCA